AAAUGUCUAACCAUUGCGUCAGCGUGCAAUCUCGUGUUUCGGACGAAUUUCCUUAAAGAAAACACCAUCGCCAUUUUGCCUCCACACGGCUAUCAUCCAGGAAUCAAGCAAUCCAACAUCGCCUUGAAAUGGUUAUCUUACACAGCCGAGAAGAAUGACGUGUACAUUCGACAUAAACGGAAUGGUGGAGAGAAGACUGUUGGUCAAUAUUCCUUGGAUGGCUAUGAUGAGGAAACACAUACAGCAUAUGAAUUCCAUGGCUGUUUCUGGCACGGUAAGUUUUCCAGAGGGUCAGUUUUUUACAUAGGUACAGUACUUUAACGAAAUUUUUUUUUUUUACAGGGUGUUUGAAAUGUUAUGCACGAGACACCGUCAACAAGGUCAGCGAAAAGACCAUGCAUGAUCUCCAUCAAGCCACCAUGGAAAAGACCCAGUACCUUAAAGAUCGUGGCCUCCAUGUUGUCGAAAUGUGGGAGUGCGACAUGAAGAAAGAAUUGGAACACGAUGAAGACAUGAAACAGUACUUCGAGGAUUACGAUGUGGUGGAUCCUUUGGAACCACGACAUGCUUUCUAUGGUGGUCGAACCAACGCAACGAAACUCUUCCACGAAUGCAAGGAAGAUGAGAAGAUAAGGUAUGUUGUUAGUGCACCCCAGUAGAUCUAGGAACGGGAGUCUAAUGUCCAUUUUUCGUUCAGGUACGUCGACUUCACCAGUCUCUAUCCCUGGUGUAACAAGAUGACCAAAACGGUCAUUGGUCGGCCUCGUAUCAUCACUGAAAACUUUGAUGAUAUUACCACGUACUUUGGCUUGAUCAAGUGCACGGUAUUACCACCUCGUGGACUUUUCCAUCCAGUCCUUCCCUAUCGAACCCAGGGCAAACUGAUGUUUCCUCUGUGCAAAGCCUGUGCUGAUACGUGUAACCAAGCCCCUUGUACUCAUUCCGAGCGUGAAAGAGCUAUCCAGGGAACCCGGUGCAGCGUGGAACUAGAGAAAGCCCUGGAGAAAGGUUACCAUAUCCUCCAAAUGCACGAAGUGUGGCAUUUUCCCGAAACCUCCGACGCGCUGUUCAAGGAUUAUGUGGACACUUUCCUCAAAAUCAAGCAAGAAUCCAGUGGUUAUCCCAAGAAUUGUGUCACUGAGGAACAGAAACAGCAGUACGUCGACGAAUACUUGGCAGUCGAAGGUAUACAGCUAGACCGAGAAAAGAUCGAACACAAUCCUGGGAUGCGUGCACUGUCCAAACUGAUGUUGAAUUCGUUUUGGGGUAUGUAUUUUUUAAACGGUAAUGUUCUCGCAAGGACGGCUAGGUAA